UGUCUCUUGUGCUGGACCCAACAACCAUCAUAAUACCAGAAAUGACUAUGGAGAGAGAUUGAAAGAGAAGAAACUCUCUCUCUCUCUCAGCUUCUCUCUGCUCUCUCUCACUCAAAGAUACAAAGCUUUUGGUGUUGUUCUGAUCUCCAAUGUUGUCAUCAGCAAAACAUAAAAUCAACCAUAGUGCUUUUUCUGUUUCCUCAUCUUCAUCUUCAUUACCUCAUUCAUAUUCACAAGCCAAGAACAUGACUCAAGUCACCAUGGAAGAGGUAUGGAAAGAUAUCAACCUUGCUUCCCUACACCAACAUCGCCAGCUAAACAUUGAUCAUGAGCCAGUGUUGAGCAACCAAAACCCUAAUAACUCCAUCUUCAAAGAUUUCCUCAAGAAGCCUUUGAAUCAAGAACCACAACCACUACCACCUUCUUCUUCUUCAUCCACUCUCCACCGCUCUCUUCCUCCUCCUCCUCCUGAAACUGUUCUCAGUUUAAACCCUCACUCCAUUAACACCCACUUUGAUGAAUCUGCGAGGUUUGGUUGUUUUGGGAUGAAAAGAGGAGGCCAAGAAUCUGAUGAAAGCAGAGGAGACAGAAGGCAUAAGCGUAUGAUCAAGAACAGAGAAUCUGCUGCUCGUUCGAGGGCUAGGAAACAGGCAUAUACAAACGAGCUGGAGCUUGCAAUAUCUCACUUGCAGAAGGAAAAUGCAAGACUCAAGAGACAAGAAGAGCAGUUGAAAAUGGCGGAAGCAACUCAACACCAAACAAAGAGAAAGCUUCAACGGUCUUGGACAACUCCAUUUUGAGAAAAAAAACAUCCAACUCACGUCAUGGAGAAGAGAAGCAUGGAUAAUAUGUACAUUCUUAGCUUAAGGUAAAUCUGUGGAUGUAGUAGUUUUGGGGAGUGUAGUAACGAACUUUCAUUCGUCUUGUGUCGUUUUUCUAUCAAACCUUUUUGACUUGUGUACUAUUUUUCUACUUAACAUAUGCCUACUUUUUCACUGUU